AUGAUCCGGCAGCUGGGGAAACCCACGAUGUUUUUGACGAUGAGUGCAAAUGAAAUUAGAUGGCCUCACCUACUAAGCAUUCUGCGGAAGCUUUCUGGUGGCUCUAACACUGCGGAAAUGGACGAUAUUGUGCAACAGUUGUCUGCACUCCAGCGUGCUACACUUGUCAGCGAAGAUCCUGUCACGUGCUGUGCAUAUUUUCACAAGUUGAGGAUCGAGUUCCAGCAUCGUGGCAGCCCGCCUGCACAUAUUCUGCUCUGGCUGGCGAACGAUCCCCGUGAGGAUGUUUCCGAAAGAAUGCCCGCUACUGUUGAGUUGAUCGAUUUUCUGUGCUCCAUCAGAUCGGAAGAUCUGCCUGAGACCUAUGGCAAUCAGGUUCAUAAACACACGUUUACGUGUUUCAAGCGAAACGAUAAACGUUGCCGGUUUAAUAUUCCCUACUGGCCAAUGGAUCAAACCAGAAUUCUGAUCCCUAUUACAGCCGGGGAUAGCCGACUUCAACAGCUAAACAGAAAGGCAGCGAAAAUGCGGGAAGCUCUUGAAACGAAGGUCUACGAUAGCCUUGACGCGUUUCUCGUUGAUAGCAGUUGCACGUACGAUUACUACUUGGACGUGAUUCGCUCUUCCAUUCGCCGACCAACAGUUCUGCUGAAACGUUCCAUGACGCAGCUUUGGACCAAUCCAUUCAAUCCUUGGAUCGCUGAGAAGCUCAAAUCCAAUAUGGAUUUGCAGUUUGUGCUGGAGGAGUUUUCAUGUGCUGCUUAUGUUGUGGAAUACGUAAACAAGACCAACAGAGGCAUAAGUAGUUUACAUCGUGACCUCAUAAAGCUCCAGGAAGAGCAUCCAGACCAGGACUACAAUGGAUUGUUGAAGAAGGUCAGCAUAAAAAUGUUAAAUUCCGUGGAAAUGUCUGCCCAGGAGGCUGCUUGGUAUUUGCUUCGGCAACCGAUGUCAGAAGCCAGCCGCAAGGUUGAGUUUAUUGCGACAAUGUGGCCACAAGAGCGAAUAAAAUCCAAGAAGCGGAACAAACAGAUGGACGAAGAGGAUCUCGACGACAAUUCCACCGAUGUGUGGACGCUAAACAUCAUCCAACGGUAUGAACUGCGCCGAGGAAUGGAUGAUAUCUGCUUGGCGGAUUUCGCAGCAUAUUAUUCGGAAGAAAAGAUCCACGAAGCAUUCAUAUAG